CCAGAUGACUUCAAUGGAGACAGGAAGAAGACCCGAACGUUUUACCUUGCCACCCAACUAUACAUGAUGGCAAACAAGCACAUUUACGACACCGAUAAGAAGAUCACGUUCUUCAUCUCCUUCUUGAAAGAAGGAACUGCUGGCCCAUGGGCUGAGGCAGAGAUGACGAAGGCAUUCACCAAUGACCAAGGAUUUGGCACAUGGGAAGCCUUCACGACACGAUUCCUGAACGCCUUCACCGAGGCAGACACCGCUGGAGAUGCGAGAGCCAAGUUGCGCGUGUUGCGCCAGACGGCUACAGCAGACGGAUACAUCGCGGAAUUCCGCAUGUUGACCACACGAUGCGGAAUCACUGAAGACGUAUCCCUGAUUGAGUACUUCCAAGAGGGACUCCAGAACAAGCUAGUCGAGAAGGUCUAUGGCAUGGAGCGCAUGCCUAAGACGAUCGAAGAAUGGUACGAAGCCACAUCCCGAUUUGACAAUCAGUAUCGACGGGCGAGAGCGGUCAUCAACCGAUACAAGGGAGUUGGCCAGAACAGAAACUUCGUCACUCCGAAGUACACCCCUCCCUCUAAAGACCCCAAUGCCAUGGAUGUCGAUCGCCUAUCGACCAGUGACAGAGAGAAGUACAUGAAGGAAGGACAAUGCUUCACCUGUGGUCAGACUGGCCACAGAGCUGCCGAUCAUAAGCAGGACAAGGGAAAACAACCAGAGAGACGACCUGUCCGUGCUACAGAGGUCAAAGAAGACUCAACCAAAGAAGUGUCUAAUAUCGCCAAGAUCAAAGCCAUGAUGGCGGAACUUGAAGAGAACGACAAGAUCAAGCUUCUCAAAGAUAUGGCGGAGAAGGAUUUUGCCUAA